CGUUUAAAAACUCUUUAACUGGUGCGCGCGCGGCGGAGAGUAGAGCGCGCGCACACGGCGGCGAUGCACGGAAGCGAGCCGAAGAGGAGGCACGUGUCGCAGCCCGGACGCGCAACGGCGCACCAUUCGGCGGAAGGCUGCGAGUGCGGCGGCGAGCGGCGCCACCCGAGCAUCCUCUACAGCCUGCUGAGGCGCGAGGGCGCGCCGCGCGCGGCCGAGCGAGUACCGCGCGGUGCGCGGCUAGCCUGCGCGUGCGGUGCGGCGCGGCCGGUGGCGCUGCGAGCGCCGCGCGCCACGUGCGCCGCGGCUUCGGCCGUGCUCGCCAAGACGCUGCGCUUCGUCAAGAGCGUGCCGUGCUUCGGCGAGCUGCCCGCGGGCGACCAGCGCGCGCUCGUGCGCGGAGGCUGGGCGCCUCUGCUCGUGCUCGGGAUGGCGCAGGACGGCCUGAACUUCGAGACGCGCGAGAGCACCGAGCCCAGCAUGCUGCAGCGACUCCUCACCGGCGCGCACGAGAGUCCUGACGGCCCGCGCCAUCACCAUCACAGCGGCGGACCAGGAGGAGGAGAAGAGGGAGGAGGAGGAGGAGUAGCGCUGGCUGAAGCCCAGGGCAUUAAAGCGUUCCUAAGUAAAUGCUGGGACCUCGACAUCAGCACCAAAGAGUACGCCUACCUGAAAGGAGCCGUUCUGUUUAACCCAGACAUUGCCGGACUGCAGUGUCAGCACUACAUCCAGGCUCUGCAGAGUGAAGCACACCAGGCUCUUAAUGAACAUGUCAAGCUGAUUCACAGAGGAGACACCACGAGGUUCGCCAAACUCUUCAUCGCCCUCUCGAUGCUCCGAUCCAUCAACUCCAACGUCGUGGCAGGGCUCUUCUUCAGGCCCCUCAUCGGCGCGGUAAACAUGGAAGAACUUCUUCUCGAGAUGUUUUACGGGAAGUAGAAAGCCGGCACCGCCUGGGCCGGACCCUGACACUUUCGGAUUCAGGAGGGACAGUGAGCACAGACAGUGGCUUUCCAUGGCUUUCCCAUAUACACACACACACACACACACACAUUUUUACACAUGCUAUUUUUGUACAAUAUUUUCCUGGACUGUAUUUUCUUUAUUGCCUCCUGAGUUGAACUCGUUGCUGAAUUCAAAAUCUGACUCGAUCCUCUUUCGCAGGGGUUUGUGGGAGGGUGGG